UGAAAACACCAAACAGGGGGUGGGUAUGCAUUUGGUUUUAAACUAGUAGAACAAGGCGGCGGCGGCAUUGUCGUCUUUACUCGACGACGGACGCGACGACCCCGGCCCCGAUCGUGCGGCCGCCUUCGCGGAUGGAAAACUUCAUGCCUUCGUCGAUGGCCACGGGGUGGAUGAGCUCAAUGUUGAGCGUCAAGUUGUCUCCGGGCAUGACCAUUUCCGUGCCCUCGGGCAGCAGGAUGUUGCCCGUGAUGUCGGCUGUGCGGAAAAAGAACUGCGGGCGGUAGUUGUUGAAGAACGGCGUGUGUCGGCCGCCUUCCUCCUUCUUGAGCACGUACACUUGCGCCGUGACCUUGGUGUGCGCGUUAAUGCUCCCAGGUUUGCACAGCACUUGGCCACGCAACACGUCUUCGCGCUUCAACCCACGGAGCAGCACGCCGACGUUGUCGCCAGCUUGGCCAAUCUCGAGCGACUUGCGGAACAUUUCCACACCCGUGCACGUCGACUUGGAAGUGGCUUGGAUGCCGACCAACUCGACUUCGUCACCGGGCUUGACGACGCCCGUCUCAAUGCGUCCAGACACGACGGUCCCGCGGCCAGAAAUGCUAAACACGUCUUCCACCGGCAGCAAGAAUGGGCGCUCAAAGUCGCGCACGGGCUCGGGGAUGUACUCGUCGACUUGCUUCAUCAGGUCGAGGAUCGCGGCCUUGCCGAGGGGCGAGUCCGUGCCCUGGACAGCUUGCAACGCGGACCCACGGACGACGGGAAUGUCGUCGCCGGGGAAGUCGUACGAGUCGAGCAACUCGCGGAUUUCCAUCUCCACCAAUUCCAGCAAUUCUUCGUCGUCAACCAUGUCCACCUUGUUCAAGAACACCACCAACGCAGGCACACCGACUUGGCGAGACAGCAAAAUGUGUUCGCGGGUUUGAGGCAUCGGGCCGUCCGUGGCCGACACGACCAAGAUCCCACCGUCCAUUUGCGCGGCGCCGGUAAUCAUGUUCUUCACGUAAUCGGCGUGACCAGGGCAAUCCACGUGAGCGUAGUGGCGGUUUUCGGUCUCGUAUUCGACAUGGGACGUCGAGAUCGUGAUACCACGGGCGCGCUCUUCGGGCGCUUUGUCAAUGUCCUCGAACGCGACAAACUUUCCGCCGCCUUGUUCCGACAACACGCGCGUGAUGGCGGCCGUCAACGUGGUCUUGCCGUGAUCGACGUGGCCGAUGGUACCCACGUUCAAGUGCGGCUUGUUGCGCUCGAACGUCGCCAUGCCACGGGACGCAUGGCGGAAGGACGCGGCGCUACGGGAAGCAAUUUGGCGCAACAUGGCAAUAUUCCGGAAUGACCAGCCAAAAUAAAUUGAUCUCCACCACUCAACCGG